UCCUAGAACUAUAUACAUCUAUUGUGUACCAAAUUCCAUACUGAAAAAUCCCCUGCAGUUUCUAGGGUUUCAUUUUUCUGUCAAACCCCUUUUUACUUACAAAGCAAGCACAAUAAUCCCAAUAUCAAACACAUAUAUGCAACCGCCAAAUACAUUCCAAAUUGGUUUAGGAUUCAUAUAACUACUGCUAUUAGAAUUUGGAUAUAUAUAUUUGUUUGUUUUAGUAUUAAUUUCAUUAUGAUGAUAUCUUCCCUUCUUUGUUUUGCUACUUCUUUGUCUGUAAAUGCAAUUAAACUCACUAAUCUUCGUGUUUUUGGACCUGGUUUGAAUCCCUUUGCUCCUUACAACUUGGCUAAUCAUUCCUCUCGCUAAUACCUCUUAUUUUUUUGCUACAAUUUUGUUUUCUUGGUUCUUGUUUUUCAAUCAAUCAUCUAAAUUGAAGUAAAGAGUCUUUGAAAUUAUCACUUUUUUGGGUAUUACAUCAGAAAGAUUGUGUUUUGAAUGCAAUUAAGCUCACUGAUCUUCUUGUUUUUUGCCCUGGUUUGAAUCCCUUUGCUCCUUACAACUUAGCUAAUCAUUCCUCUGGUUAAACCCUCCUUUUUUUUUUUGGCCACUAUUUUGUUUUCUUGGUUCUCUUUUUUCAAUCAAUCAUCUAAAUUGAAGUAAAGGGUCUUUGAAAUUAUCACUUUUUUGGGUAUAAUCAUAAAAAUAGAACAAUCUCAUCAGAAAGAUUGUGUUUUGAAUGCAAUUAAGCUCACUAAUCUUCUGUUUUUGGACCUGGUUUGAAUCCAUUUGGUCCUUACAACUUGGCUAAUCAUUCCUCUCCUUAAGCCCUCCCUUUUUUUUUUUUUUUUUUUUUACCACUAUUUUGUUUUCUUGGUUCUUUUUUCAAUCAAUCAUGUAAAUUGAACUAAAGGGUCUUUGAAAUUAUUACCUCUUUUGGGUCUUAUUAGUUGCUCAAGAAUUUGUUGGUUGUUUGGGCAAUCAGAAGAUAAUAACAAUCUCAUCAGAAAGAUUGUGUUUUUAGUGAUGUAAAAGAGUCUUGAGAUUUACUCAUAGAGUUGUGUGUUAGAACUUGUUGAUUGUGAGGGAAUAUUGGUGUUUUUUUUGUUGUGGUUGAGGUUUGUAUUUCUGGAAUUUGGAGCUUGGUUUAGUAAAGUGGGAAACAGAAAAAAAGAGAAAUGCAAGAAGAGCGAUUGAAUAUAAGUAGGGGGUCGAGAAGAAUGCAGGUUAGUGGAGGUGGUGAUAUGGAUGACCGAGGUUGGACUCUGCUUCAUAUUGUUGCUCGGAAAGGUGACCUGAAAGAGGUUAAGAGACUUCUUAAUGAAGGCAUGGAUGCAAAUGUGACUGCUGAGGGCCGAAAGUCGCUCGGUGUGACUCCACUUCAUCUUGCUGCUAAGGGUGGUCACCUCCGAGUUAUGGAUGCAUUGCUUGAGAGAGGUGCUGAUAUUGAUGCACGAACCAAGGGUGCCUGUGGAUGGACUCCACUACAUCAUGCAGCUAAAGAAAGAAAGAGGAAAGCAAUCAGAUUCUUGAUUAGAAAUGGUGCAUUUUUGCCGGAUGACAUCCAUGAUACCAGGUUCAAUCCUCCACUCCACUACUGUCCUGGUCUCGAAUGGGCUUAUGAGGAGAUGAGGCUGCUGCAACUAGAGAGUUCAUCAUCUGGUGAGGCCUCUUACAGCUCGGGAAACUAAAGUGCAAUAAGACUUUUCUGUGCACAUGUUCCGCGAGGAAGAAAUGUUGACAAGCACAGCCAUGUUCUGGAUUUCACUAUUCAUAUUCCACUGUCAUAUCUAGAAUUGUUGUCAUUAAACUCCACAGUUGCAGACUUGCAGCUGGAUUUGGAGCCUUGAAUAUAUGGUUUGUCUUUGUA